GGUGUUCUCUCGAGCCUGGUGGUCCAACUACCUCUACCUUCCCCGGGCCAGCCCCCACACCGCCUCCGCUCCGCCGCCGGCGAUUCUCCACGCCUCCUCCGCCAUUACCGAGCUGCUCCCCGGCAAGGGAAAGUGCAAUCGAAUCUAAUCCAACCCCUCUCCCCCCCACGCCACCAACAAUCGAAUCCCUCUUUAGUCUUUACCGAUUGCCCAGCGACGCAAAGCCACCAUGAUGCGUAUGCUGCUGCAGCAACAAGAAAAGAAGAUUCGUUCCCCACUCCUCCUCUUCUUUGGGAGAGGACGGAGGCGGCCGCAAGAAGACAAGAAUCCCAGUCCAUGGCCCGGCUCUACUUCUCUCUGUCCACUUCUUCCUCCACCGUGCCGGCUUCCUUCCCCAUCUGAGGCCAAAGUGGAGGCGAAUGCAACGGCAUCCCUUCUUCCUGAUUUGGUCGCUUGGUGUUGAGGCUGCGGCAGAUCUCUCAAGUUUGGACGCUUGGUGCUGAGGCUGCGUUCACGGUCUUGGAUUUCGCGGCCGUUUUGACCCCCGUCCACAACACCAAUACAGCCUCUACCCGUAAAAACCAGUUGAAUUGAUCCACAGAAACAUCCAGUAAAAUGGAGGCGACGGCCAUCAGCAUCGGCAAGUCCGUGUUGAGCGGGGCGCUCAACUACGCCCAGUCGACCGUGGCCGAGGAGGUGGCUCUGCAGCUUGGUGUCCAGCGAGACCAUUCCUUCAUCACGGACGAGCUGGAGAUGAUGCAGUCAUUCCUGAUGGCUGCGCACGACGAGAGAGACGACAAUAGGGUGGUCAGGACUUGGGUGAAACAAGUCCGUGACGUCUCCUACACCGUCGAGGACUGCCUCCUGGAUUUUGCUGUCCGUCUCGAGAAGCAAUCCUGGUGGUGUCUCUCUCGCAAGGGGCUGGCCCGCCGUUAUGUGGCCAUGCAGAUGAAGGAGCUCAGAGACAAGGUGGAGGAGGUCAGCCAGAGGAGCCAACGCUACCACCUCAUCAAGGGCUCCAGCUCCAAGCCUACCUCUGCUGUUGGGCCGCCUAUCAUGUCCAGCGCGAUGAUGACUGCUGCCGAUGAUGCAAGGCUGCGGCGGCAUAAAGCAAAAAUGGAUCUCGCCGAGUUGAUCAAUUGCAAGAAUGAUGACACACUCCGAGUGGUUGCGUUGUGGGGCACAAGUAUUAGUGAACUGGAGGAGACAUCCAUCAUCAAGAGUGCUUAUGAAGAUCCCAUGAUACACAAGAAUUUUGAUUGCUGUGCUUGGAUCACAUUGGUGUACCCUUUCAAUCAGACGAAUUUCAUUCAAAGCAUUGUUAGGCAAAUCUAUGAAAAUUCUCUACAAGAGACAGGAGAAGAAGGAAAAACAACUAUUGGGGUCCAAGUUUUGAAGCUGAUGACAACAACAAAAGAAGAUGGUUUGGCUCAUGUGUUCAGGAGAUUCUUGAUUAAGAGGGCGGAGAAAGAUAGCUUGGUUUAUGAGUUCAAGAGAUAUUUGAAUGAUAAGAGUUAUCUAAUUGUACUCAAUGACAUACGGACCAUUGAAGAGUGGGAUUGCAUUAAAACAUGUUUCCCAAACAACAAGAAAGGAAGCCGAAUCAUAGUAUCAACUGAGCAAGUUGAAGUUGCAAGCUUAUGCAUAGGAGCAGAGGAAGAAGCUUUAGUGCAUAAGAAGUUAUUUUCUGAUCAAUCUUUUUAUGCGUUCUACACUAAGAAGAAGAUGUUGGUGCUGAAAAAAGGAGAAGAAAAAAAGAAAGUAUUAUUGCAUCAAGAAACGUCCGAAGAAACUUUUUUUGAAGCACUGAAGUAUUAUUGUUGUCGAUGGAGUCAGUUCAAUUUGGUUCUUAUUUGAGGUAAUCAUGGCAUGUUAGUUUUAUUUUGCCAUCUUUUUAGUAUUAUUGUUGUCGAUGGAGUCGGUUCAGAUUUAGUUAUUAUUGUACACUAUUCAUCCA